AGGUUUGUGAACAAUGAGUCUCUGCUACAUGUGGGUACGGGAGUCACUGUUGUUAUGAGAGAACAGUGACCCUUUUGUAGAGGUAUGCUUCAGGAUAUGUGUGUGUGUGUGUGUGUGUGCAUGUGUGUAUACACACACACUUGCCCUGGCACAAUAAGACAGGAUUGUUUUUAAGCUGAGUUCUCCUACCUCCCUCCUCCUGUUCCACUCUCACUCCCUCCCCAUGCUAUCCCUGGCCCUCCCCUCAGCUGAUUUCUGUGUGUUCUGUUUGCAGGAGGCCCUGGCCCAGCCCCAGCCCUGGUGGAAGAGCCAGCUGUUCGUGUGGGAGCCUGUGCUGUUUGGGACCUGGGAUGGUGUGUUCACAUCCUGCAUGAUCAACAUCUUUGGGGUUGUGCUCUUCCUGAGGACAGGCUGGCUGGUGGGAAACACGGGAGUGCUCCUGGGCAUGUUCCUGGUGUCCUUCGUCGUCCUGGUGGCCCUCGUCACGGUGCUGUCUGGCAUUGGUGUCGGGGAGCGCAGCAGCAUCGGCAGCGGUGGCGUCUACUCCAUGAUCUCCUCGGUCCUGGGUGGGCAGACGGGAGGCACCAUCGGGCUGCUCUAUGUGUUUGGCCAGGUGAGACCCACGCCCGGGACACUUCCCCUGCCUGGCCCUCUGCUGCUUUCUGGUCCAUUUCCUCACUUGACCUGGUGAGAGGCGAGGGUGGGGACGAUUGCCCCAUGUGACAGACGAGCAGGCUGGGGCUCUGAGGGGAACUCAGCAGAGAGCCAAGUCACCAUCUGGGGCCUGAUCCGUUAGUCCAGCACUCCUUUCCCUCUGCCACUCCCGCCUCUGGGAUGCCUGAUGUGACCGCGGGGCAGGGCCUGGCCAGCACAUUCUCGCUGUUCAAUCUGCGGACCAGCAUGUAUGACAGCCGCUGAAGCCCGGGUGGCAGCCAGGUGGCCUGGG